AUGGGGCCGUGCCGAACGAAGUGCGGCCACUUCCGGCCUCCUGAUCAGCCGGCGGGCGACAGGGCCUCCGCGGGUGGUGAGCGGGGACAGGGGCACGAGGAACACGCGCUCUGCCGCGGCGAGCGGGCCGAGGGCGCCGCGUCCCCCCGCCGCUCCUACCGCGCUCUCCUCUCCGGCCCCCGGCAGGCCCUCGGCGAAGACGACCCCCUCGCCGCCGCCCCGGACACCCGGGCGCGUUCAGCCCCUCCCCCGAAGCACCCGGAGUGGGAGGAGGCGCAGAAGCUCUGGGUACAGGAGGUGUCCACCGCGCCCAGCACCCGCCGGGACGUCGUGCAGCUGCAGGAGCAGCUGGACCGGCAGCUGCAGCAGCGGCAGGCGCGGGAGACCGGGCUGUGCCCCGUGCGCAGGGAGCUCUACACACAGUGCUUCGACGAGCUGAUCCGGCAGACGACGGUGAGCUGCGCGGAGCGGGGGCUGCUGCUGCUGCGGGUGCGGGACGAGCUGCAGCUCACCCUGGCCGCCUACCAGGCGCUGUACGAGAGCAGCGUGGCCUUCGGCGUGCGCAAGGCGCUGCAGGCAGAGCAGGGCAAGGCCCUCAUGGAGAAACGGAUUGCAGAGCUGGAAGAGGAAAGGAGGGAGCUGGAAAAGCAAGUGAGUGAGGAGAAAGCCAAAUGUGAGGCUAUUGAACAACAAGAAGUAGAACGGCGAGAGAUAGAGGAGAAGAAACACAACGAGGAGGUUCUGUUCCUCAAACGGACAAACCAGCAGCUGAAGACACAACUUGAAAGCAUCAUUGCAGCAAAGAACUAAUUGUUUUGUUGUCCUCGAGGCAGGCUCAGAAAAGCUGUCAGAGCAAGAAGCUUGCAAUUAGUGACAAAGAAUUGUCUUCCUACAACGAUCUUGAGUUUUCACUUACCAGUAACUGAAGGCAGCAUUACUGUGUUCUUUCUUUCUUUCUCUUGAAGAGUUGAAAUUCAAGAGCUUCAUUAAUUACUGCUCCCUCUUUCAGUGCCAUCUCAGCAGUCAGCUCUUUGAGCAGUGUCUGGGACUUGCCUGUUGGUAAUGUGCUAAUGACCUUCAAAGUAAAACCUAAUAAACAUUUUUAAAUGCAAA